AUGGAUAAUUUAUAUUUUAAAGUUUUUAAAAAUAAAUAUUUAUUUACAAUAAUUUAUAAUUAUGUUAAAAAUGGGAAAGGGAAUGGUAGACAAUUAAAAGAUAUAGAUUUAACUAGAAUUUUAGAGAAUAGAUUUUUAUUUAAUUUAUAUUAUCAAAGUUAUUUAUUCAAUAAAAAUAAUGAAAAUGCAAUUAAUUUUAAAUUUCAAUUUAAUGAUAUUUAUAUUUUAGAAAGUUUCAUUUUAUCAAAUAUAAUUACAAUUCAAGAGUUUAUUUUAAUUUAUAAUGAUCAUGAAAAUUUAUUAAAAAAAAAGAAAAAUAAAAUUUUAAAAUUAUCUAUACUUAAUAAUAAAAUUGGUAUUGAAAUAAUUGAAUUUUUAAUUAAAUUUAAAAAUUAUAAAUUUGAUAUUAAUCAUUUUCAAUUAUAUAUUGGUAAAAUGUGUCAAUCUAAACAAGAUAAUAUUAAUACAAUACUUUAUGUAAUUGAUUGUUUUAAAAAUCAUAGUUUUAAUUAUAAUAAUAAUUGUAGAAUAAUUUCAAAACAAGAGAAAGAAAAACAAAAAUCUAAUCCAUUAUCAUUAAAAUUUCAACCAAUAAUGGAUUGUUUAGAUUUAAAUAAAGUGUCUUGUUUUCAAACUAUUAUGGAUUUAUCAAUGGAUUCAAUUGUUGAUGAGAAUGGUAAUGAUUUACCAUUCAAGUGUAAAUAUGGUGAUAUUGGGACAACGAGAAAUCAAUUAAUUGUUCGUAUGGUUGUACUUGGUUCAAUUGAAAUGGCUAGAAUAUUUAUUAAUAAAUUUCCAAAUCAGUCAAGUAAAGGACAGGAUAAAUUAGUUUUUGCAUAUAAUAGAGUUUUCCAUAAAUCACUUGAAGUUUAUCAAAUGUUAGUUUCAAAUAGGACUUUAUCAUGUACUCAUCCCAUUUUUACAAAUUAUAAAUUCUUAACAAAUUUAUCAGUUCACCAUUUUAAAAACUUUUUAGAAAAUUGUCUUGGUUUUAAUGGAGAAUCAAAAGAAUUAAGUUAUGGGAUUGAUCAAGUUUAUGAUUUAGAAACUUUGAAAUAUUUAGAAGACGUGAAACAAAAGUUUAAACCAACAUUAAAGUUUAUCCCAAAUUCACUUUUAUCAUAUGCAUCUACUAAUAGAGAUUUCCAAUUAUUUAAAUAUUUAGUUGAAUCAGCAUUUAAAUCAAGAUUAAAUCCUAUUGGUAUUAACUUUUCAAAUACAAGUUUCGAAAUUGUUAAAUAUUGUUAUGAAAAUUUUGAAAAUUAUAUAUUUAAUGAUCUUUGUUUUAAUAUUGCAUUUGAUGGAGAUUUAGAAUUUGCUAAAUUCAUUAUUGAUAAAUUUAAUAGCUCAGAUGGUGAAAGAGUAAAAUUAACAUAUAGAUGCAUUGAUGAAGUUUGUCAAAAAAAUUAUACACAUAUUUUAAAAUAUUUUCUUGAAAAUUUACCUGAAAUCCAAAUUUCAAGAGAUCCAAUCAAUUUUGCAAUAAAGAAUGAAAAUUUUGAAAUGGUUCAAUUACUGAUAGAUAGAAUUCCAACAAAACCUAAAGAUAAACCAACAUUAUAUGAUACUACAAUUGAUAAACUACAAAGUUAUUCUAAAAAAGAUAAUAGAAUUUUAAACUCACUAAUCGAUAGCCAAAUUUAUAACAAAAUUUUAUUUGAAAAAUAUCCAGACUUUAUUAUAUAA